GAUGAAGACGGUUCACGUUGUCCUUCUGUUGGUGGCUUUAACAAAAGGAUCCACUCUCAAUUUAGUGAGAAAAAACGUCUUCGUAAGCUUAAACAUGACCUGGUCUGAUGCUCAGGAUUAUUGCAGGAAGCAUUAUGAAGAUCUUUCGACCAUCAACACACCAUGGGAUCUUUUGAAGUUUGGAAGAGACGUCCGUGAUUAUCUCUCUGUUGAAGGUUGGGUCGGCCUUAGUAAGGGUUCGGUUGACCCGAUCUACACUGUUUGGUCAGAUGGAAGCAUUUUAGGAUUGCCUUUGUUUAAAUUUGGCUAUCCAUCUAACUUGAUAUCUUUGCACUGUGUGGGUGUAUACAACAUGGAGUUGAUUGAUUGUAACUGUAGAAGACUUAUGCCAUUUUUCUGCUACAUAUGGGCACCUCCCAUGGUUUUGGUAGAGAUGAUGCUGAUCUGGGAAGAGGCACUGCAGUACUGCAGAACAUUCUACACUGACCUGAUAAGUGUGACCACUGAUGAAGAUCUGAAAUCAUCUAAAUCGAUAAGCAUGAGCAGCAAUACUUCCAGUGUUUGGACAGGUUUACGCUUCAUGGAUGGUUCAUGGUUCUGGGUGAACCAGGAUCCUUUGGGGAACAUGACCUCCUUACCCUCAUGCCCUGUGAACCCUUACCGCUGUGGAGCCCUAAAGGCUGGACAAGAUGUCUGGGAGAACAGAGACUGCAAUGAGAAAAUGAACUUCCUGUGCAUUUACUAAAAAAGAGUCUCUGCAGUCGAAACCAGAGGGAACGACAAAGAAGAAGACAGAUAUAAUGAACACUGAAAAACUCUUGUAGAAUUUAGUUAACUGAAAUGUGUAUAUUGGUCCAAUGGGAUUGAAUUGAGUAACAUUAACACAGUUCAUUGUUGUGCAUCUAACAUGAUUUGAGUGUGUAUAAUAAAAUCUGUGAAUAAAAUCAUACCACUCGGA